GUGACGGGAAGAUGGAGCUCGAGGGGAAGCGGAAGAAACGGCGAGAGCCGGGCGGAGAGGCCGGGGCCGGGGCCGAGUCCCAGGCCCAGUUCCCGCCCGUGUUCAGUGUGUCCGAGAUUAAAAACAAACAGCGGCGGCAGUUCAUGUUCCAGCGGUGGAAGCGGGCCCGGCGGCAGGAGCAAUUGGCAGCCAAAAAGAAACGGCAGAAAGAGAGGGAUGCACUUGGAGACAAGGCACCACCAAAACCAGUUCCGAAGACGAUUGAAAACCAGCGCGUAUAUGAUGAAACAACUGUGGACCCGAAUGACGAAGAGGUGGCUUUCGAUGAAGCAACAGAUGAGUUUUCUUCCUACUUCAACCGAGAAACGAGUCCGAAGAUCCUCAUUACCACAUCUGACAGGCCUCGAGGGAGAACAGUAAGGCUAUGUGAGCAGCUGGCAAAGAUAGUCCCAAACUCGCACGUCUACUACAGGAGAGGAUUGGCUCUGAAAAAGAUCAUACCCCAGUGUGUUGCUAGAGAUUUUACAGACUUGCUCGUCAUCAAUGAAGAUCGGAAAGUCCCAAAUGGAUUAAUUGUUAGUCAUCUCCCCAAUGGACCAACAGCACAUUUCAAGAUGUCUAGUGUGCGUUUAGCAAAAGAACUUAAGAGGAGAGGGAAGGAUCCAACAAAGCACGCACCAGAAGUGAUUCUUAAUAAUUUCUCUACCCGGCUGGGACACACCAUUGGGAGAAUGUUUGCUUCUCUCUUCCCUUACAGUCCACAAUUUGUGGGACGCCAAGUGGCAACUUUUCAUAACCAGCGUGAUUAUAUAUUUUUCAGAUUUCACAGGUACAUAUUUAGAAAUGAAAAGAAAGUCGGCCUUCAGGAACUUGGGCCACGUUUCACCCUGAAACUGAGAUCACUGCAGAAAGGGUCAUUUGAUUCGAAGUAUGGAGAAUAUGAAUGGAUCCACAAGCGUCAUGAAAUGGAUACAAGCCGAAGGAAGUUCCACUUGUAAAGUCGAUCUUUCACUGGGACUGGUCGAAGCCAUGACGCAGGCUCCUUGGCAGCACUGCCUUUACACAUUGAUGUAUUUUGGAUAUCCUGAAGGCAAUCUAAACAGUCCUCGAUUUUUAUCCAAAACUGACGUCAACUGGAAUCUUUGAACAUAAAUUCUGGAAGAGCAGAUGCCUGGUUGCUGAAUUCUACAGCGAUGUUUCUGUUAAGAAGUAUUAUACCCUCAAAUUUGGAAGUUCUGCACCAGAACCAACUCAAAGGACUCCUUGUAAAUGUACUUUGUAACAGGAUUACAUUUUGGAUCAAUUAAAUUAUUCGUUUCCAUU